GACGCGACCGUCAGUCCGAGUCGAGAAUCCCUGGCGAUAACAUUCGAAACCGGCCAUCUUACUGCUGCUCGUCAACAGUCGAGCCGAGCAGUGCAACCCCAUCCGGACAGUGGUAGACAGUAGUGCGUUCUGUACGAGGGAGGGCCGAACCGCAGCAGUGGCAGUUUUCUUCAACAUCAAACAACCCAUCCAAUCAAAUUCUAGUGAAAAGGGCCAACUUUCUACGAAAAAAUCGGCGUUCCUGAUCUUGUUUAAAGAAAACAGUUUCGUGUCUUUUCUGCAUUUGAAUUCGACGGAAUUUCGGUUUCGCGAAAUACAACGCACACAGUAUCUCUGUACAUUCUUGCAAGUUUCACAAAUUCGGAGCUAUUUUCAUACAUCUGUGCCCUAUUGUGCAGCCGAGAGUGAAGUUCAUUUUGCAGGUUUUUUCGACCUGUGACGUUUCCUGUGCCACCGAAAUUUAAACUAGUGCAAAGAUUUCGUACCGGGCGCAGUUUUCCUACUGACUUUCUAUAUAUCAAGAACGGACGAAUACAAAUUUUCUAAUUCAGAGCAAAAAACUGGGUGCGGCGCUGUGCAACCGAAAUAGUCGCCCGCGACAGUAGGAUUGUUUUCCGGAGCAAUGAUUUAAUUUGGAGUGGAUAUUCAACCGAUGGUCUGGGUAUAUUAUCAGUAUCAGAGUUUGAGUGCAGUUCGACGAAAAACUUGCGAUGAUGUGAAGUUGUGUUAAAAAAAAGUUUUUUUUUGUUUUUUUUUUAGUUUUCUGUCGUUUCCGAUACACACAAUAGAAAAAAGGUUUAGUGAAAUUUACAUCACUUCAGUGAAAUUUAAAAAAAGUCUGUGAUAUAUGAAUGAAAUUGAAUGACAAUAAUUAAAAGUGUAGCAUACAACGUUUUAAAUGUGGGCAUGAAAUUGUUAGCUAGUUUAUUAUAAGCAACCAAUGUGAAGAAGAUCUAUUAUUUCGAUUUCCGAAUACCUGAAAGACGUGCGGAAUUGGAGCCACACAAAAAAAAAAGAAAAGUGUCGCUUUGUGAUUUUAUUUUUCGCGCUUGCACAACCGUGAAUGACCGCCAUUUUGCAAAGCUUAAGGCUAUCCUUGUACCACAACCGCCAAUUCUCUCGCACCUUCGCGAGCAUUCGCUCUCCGAACGGAAUUCUGAAUUUUCCCCGAAUCGGGCAGAGCGGAGCAAGAAAACCGUUCCCAACCAACCAACAGUCAACAGUACGUCCUGCCAUCGUCACGCCAGCAACAUCGUCGCCAUCAUGCAUUCCAAGAACGCCGUCGGGGGUGGAAAGACCCCCAGCAGGACCAACAGCCGGGCGGCUCCUUCGUCCUGCACUGACGAGGAGCAGCAUAAGAAGCUACAACAGCACUAUCGCCCUCGAUGCUCCAGGUUCCAAAUUGCCACUGCUGCGACCAAGGCCAGGGAUUUUGUCCUAGUCGGAUUGACAGUGGUUUUCCUGCAAGCCGUCAAUGUGGAGACCAGAGCUCCGGACCACUACUACGGACGGGAAAUCGGAAACUUCAACAGUUUUGGCCACGGGGUAAAGGGUCGUGUAUUUGCCGUUGACGAAUCGACCCUGUUUGUGAAGGGAUUCGCCUACGAUGGCAGCGCUCCGGAUGCGUUCUUCUGGGUCGGCAACUCGCCGCGGCCCACCCCCGAUGGCUACAUCAUACCCUAUCCAGAGGAGUACACAGGGAGAGAUCCACCGGUUUUGGGAAAGCACGAGAACUCAGAUAUAAUCCUGAAAUUGCCGAUGGGUAAACGACUACGGGACAUCCGUUGGCUAUCGGUUUGGUGCCGGAGAUUUACUGUAAACUUUGGCCAAAUCCUAAUCGAACCCGGACUGGAUGUACCCAAGCCUCGCGUACUGCCGGAAUUCAAACGGCUAGCCCACGGACUUCGAUCCAGCAACAUCAGCAUCCUGGACGCGAAAACGUUCUACAUCCCUAACCUGCACUACGACGGAGCCGGACCAGACGCCUACUUCUGGGUGGGUAAUGGCUCCGAACCGAACAUCAUGGGUAUCAAAGUUCCUAACGAGAUCGGAUCGCUGGAACCGCUGCGGGGCUACCAGGGCGAAGAUAUUGAGAUCCAGCUGCCAGGCAACCUGACCAUGUACGACAUCGAUUGGCUGGCGGUGUGGUGCGUCGAAUAUCGGCACAACUUCGGCCAUGUGCAUAUACCUAAGGAUUUGGACAUCCCACCAGCACUGGGGCAGACGAAGAUAGCGCCGCCUUGGUGGUACAAGCCGACUACGUCUUCAACAACACCGACAUUCAUAGCGCACGGAACCACCGCCAAGUCGAAGAGUGUCAACUGUAAGGAACUUUUGCGGGCCAAACUCAACGUAAUGUGGGAAAUUGUUGGCGACUACGUUGAGAUCGAAUUGAUAGGACGAAUCCAAGAGGACCAGUACAUGGCGUUCGGAAUAUCCGGCCGAAACGGCCAUCCGCAGAUGAUUGGCGCUGACGUGGUUGUGGCGUUCUACGACCGCAAGCAGCAACGCUUCCGGGCCGAAGACUACUAUCUGUCCGCUUUGGCUCAGUGUGAUGGCAAGCAAGGCGUUUGUCCCGAUGAACGAAUAGGCGGUAAAAAUGAUGUAGUAUUGAUAUCAGGCGAUCGCAGCCAUGGUGUUACACGAAUCAAGUACCGGCGAUUGCUACAAACCAACGAAGCAGUCAAUGACCAACCCUAUCCUACGAACCGUCAAAUUUCAGUCAUUGCAGCUAUUGGUCCGUUGAACUCACAGUACGAAGCGAACGCACACUUCCGCCAGGACGUGACGGUAGAUGACAUCCAGAUCAACUUUUCAUCAAGAAACGAUCAUUCGUGUACCGACGCACUGGACAGUUUCCGCGACACCGGGGGUCCAGAACCUUGGCCAACUCGAGUUAUCAUAGGAGGGAAAACUAUCAGUGUCAAGAUAGGACCGACAGGUGGGAAGCGAGGAUACACCCCAAUCACUGGCCAUCCUUCCUGGGGUAUCGCAUGGUACCUGAACGAUUUAUUGAUUCCCGAGUUGUACGUUGAACGGGGUCAGACUUACAUGUUUGUCGUCGAAGGUGGCGAUGAUUCAACGCAACCUGCCAAGUACCACCCAUUCUACAUUACCGACUCCAGCGAGGGUGGAUACGGCCAGCUCACUGAUGCCCAACGCAGACGAGAAACAAUUUUCGCCGGCGUCGAGUACGACAGGGAUGGAUAUCCAACACCAAUUGCCGCCGGUCGGUACUGUGAAUGGAAACAUAGGACCGUAGAUAAAUCGGAGGAAAUUGAAACAUUCGAAGAGUACAAGAAAACACUAUAUCUGUCCUGUGAUGACCCAGAUGGGCAGCCUGCAUUCCUCAACUGGACCGUGACGGAUGAUACGCCGGAUCUGGUGUACUACCAGUGCUACACCCAUCGAAACCUCGGAUGGAAGAUUCAUGUAGUAAACGCCGGUGAGACGGGUAAAAUCAACGGUUCGCAUGGUUUGUUCGUUGUGAGCUCGCGCAGCAUAGCCCAACUGGUGCUGGCCGUGUGUAUUAGUGUAUUUGUGGCCUCCGUGCGACGACUGCAGUUCUGAUAGUAACGGGGUGCUGCUGUGGCCCCCGGAGCAACCGUCACCAGGGCUAAAGAUUUGCAUUUGUCCCGUCCAGAGGACGCUUACCUGGUAGGAUAAACCUAGCUAAGAAUCAAAUGCACUCGGCCAGCUGCCAGCGAUCAAUCGCGGCUUCGAUAAUGGGUUGAGGCUUCGAAGGAAUCUUUAACUUCUUGAGCCUUAUUUAUCUGUCAAAUUUAAUACUUACAUUUUCGGAAUUUAAGCAGCAAGCUCAAGCUUUUUUCCUUUCCAAGUUUGAAAUAAGUUUUUGUUGAACUAGAUGAUUUGUUAAUAUCUGUAUCCGUCCAAUGUGAGUGAACACAACGAACGAUUGAUUCCUUAUGUCGAAUACCUUCGACUCUUAUUUCCCAUGUGCCAAGUAACAAACUAACUAGUGCAUCGACGAAUCAUCCUAUCAUCGAAGCUGCAGCCGAUGGUGGCCGUUAUGCGUAGCGAACAAAUUUACACAACAAAUCAUUGAUCACAACCAUGCGAUAUCGCUUGAAAAACAUAUCUUUCAUGAGUGAAUGCGAAGGUGAGUAUUACGCGUGAACUAGUUUUUGGCCGCAUCGGUUCACUCCGAGGUUAGGAGCCGGGUUCCCCUGAGCUCGGUGCCCUAAGGUAACUGAAUCCGUUUUAUUUUGUUUGUCUGCUUGGCAUAGCCAGCACUGAGAAAAGAUAAAGAUGCGUGCGUACGUUUGUUUUGGGUAGACGUUAGCUAAAAGUUUGAAUUUUAUGGUAUGCGCGUGAACUAGCUCUUAAGUAAGGUUACGUUGUAACGAACUAAUGAUGAUUUUGGACAUGUAGAACUGUAGCUCUAAGUUUCGAUCAUUUGGAACCGCUUAGCUGGCUAACCCCGGCAGUAUCACUGGAAGAUAAAUAGACCUGUUUUGGUUGGUGAUCUUGAACAGAAUAAUGGGUAGAUAGACAGCAGUAAAUUUGUUAGUCAGCAGAGAACACGAUGCUGUCCCUCUUGGACCUCAAUCAAAUGGUUUGGUUCACCGAAAUUCAUCCGUUACUGUACAGAGCAACGUCCAAUGUGUCUUUUGCCUCAAAUCAGUCCAACUCACCGCCCUCUCAUACUAGUAAACUAACUUGACUUAAGUACACUAUUGAAAAAAGCAGCAUCUAGCAAAAAGUUUUCUUUUCUGCGCGUUUAUAUUCUGUCAGUUCUGGUCAAUUUUCGCAUCACUGGAGGUGUGAACUCCUGAAUUUUUAGCAUUACCAUUUUUUUUCAGUACCCACCAUCCACUGGCCGUUUUCUGCUUCCAUCAUCGACUAAGUGAUUUUCCCUCUGUUGACCGCAUGGAGUGCAGUGCUACUUCAGCCAGCAGAAACACGAGGAAUGAACGAAUGAACGGUCAAGUUCUAUCCUACCGGGAAUUAUUGACUUUAUCCAGUCUUACAUCAGAUUUCAGAACGUCAGCCGAUGUUUCAGCUAGUUGCUCUUCCUUCUCCAAGGGCAACACCAAUAGGGUUUUUGGUGGCAGAAUCGAAACAAAUGAACGAAGGCAGUUUCGGAGUUUUGAAGUCACUAGUGAAAUGGAAUUAGACACGCGAGGAACACUGUAGAAUGAAGGUUUCAAUCGGAAGCAAAUAACGAACUGUACGUGGUAUCCGUCUGUAAAAGAAUGGCGCCUCUAGCGGUUUGCACACUAAAGAAAGACAAGCCAAUAAUGGCUGUCCGGGGUUUAAUCGUUGCACUCUUCCACACUCCUCCUCGACGAAUUAUCUGUUAUUUAGAUUUCUCCAGUCUCAACAUUUCACAAAACUGACCAUGUUUUUGUGGUUUUAGAGGUUUUGUCAAAGCAUUCGCUAUCAACAUAUCGGUAGGACAGUGAACUUAAGCAAUCUUUUUCUCAUCGCACAACUCACGAACAUAUUUUUCUCUAGUAUUGAUAAGUUUGGAUCGGCUGCUGGAUCUCUUUGUUUGGACAAAUAUCAGACAGCCUUGGUUGUCUUCCUCAAUCGUUGUAGGCGCCAUUUGAUUCUCACCAGAAUACAAGCAGGAGCUGUCUCAGCCAGAUGGUCUCUUGACAGGCUUCCGAAAGCACGACGCAUUCCGCCUUCAUAGACGAAAGGGUCACACACGGUUGUCCACAAAAUAGUUUCGCUGGCGAAGAAGAAUACAGCAUCAGACGUUGAUCUUCUACUUACUGGAUCACCAGCCAAGUUGGCGUCAGAGCCAACCAACGGUUUAUCAGCUAUGCCGCCCAAACGAAGAAAACAAUUUCGUGUUAAUAUUAAAUAUCUCAAAACUCGCUUUGCUGCACUCCAAUCUUUCUCGAUCUGCAAAAAAAACUUUCUACCAAGUAUAGCUGUGCAAGUAGCGAUAUCAGGUCGCGCAACCACCGAUAAAUGAAGUAAUCCUCCGAUUAAUAUUCGAUACUUCGUUGAAUUCUCGAACAAUUCACUACUGUCAUUGGCACUAAGCUAUCCAGAAUCCAUGGGCGACUUUGCAACCUUAGCAUGAUCCAUUCCGUUCACAGUGAUAAUUUCAAUAUACUGCUUCAGCCGAAUCAGAUAAACUCCGUUUUUACGCCGUAUUUCCAUACCCAAAAAAUGACGAAUUUCACCUAAACAAGUCUUUUCAAACUCAUCACUCAAAUGCUGGUAAAUUCUUGCAAUUUUAGCUUCAUCGUUGGAUGCUAGCCAUGUCAUCAACAUAUACUUAGAGAAAUACCUUUGCCGAACACUUCACGUAUAAGCACAGAUCAGACGUUUAUUCCAACAUCGAGCCGACUGACGCAAUCCGUAAAUACUUCGUUUGAGUUGACAUACAACAAUUCCCUUACCAGAACGUUGAAGCCUGGAGGUUGAUGCAUGAAAAUCUCCUCCUCAAGAAAACCGUUGGGAUAUGCAGUCUUUGUGUCCAAGUACAGAACAGAUAAAUUGUGCCUAGCGGCAAUUGGUGGAAACAUCCGAAAUGUGGACUGAUGGAUGACAGGCGUGAAUAUCUGCUCGAAAUCAAUACCAAAUUGCUGUGUAUAACCUCGUGCAACAAUCCUGGCUUUUUAUUUCACUGCUUGGUCUUUCUCGUUGCGAUUAAUUUUCUAAACCCAUUUCGAAGCAACAAUUUUACAUUUAGACGGUAACGGAACUAGCUUCCAAGUUUCGUUGCGUUGAUGUGAGUUCUUCUCCUCCUGCAUUGCCUUAGGCCAAUCAGCAUCUUCCAUUGCUCUUUUGUGGUUAUCGGGUUCUUAUACUGCACUAGCCGCAAUAUCAACGGAAUAGCCUUCAUGAUAACGUUGGAUUACGUCUUGAUUUUGUCUUUCGGAUCGCCGAUUCUAAUCCACAUCCUGAUUAGGAGCAUCAAAAUAUUUCUCCGUAGAAUGUUCGUCAUCUGUGUCAUUUUCGUGUUUUUCUUGUUUUUCAAUUAAAGGUAAAAGUUCAAUGUUGUCCUUAGUUUCCUCUUCAACCCUGCCCUGCCCUGAAACUGGAAUUUCAACAGAAGACGUUCCGUUACCAUUUACUAUGAAGCGAGCGUCCCGACUUAUAGUAAUUGUGUCAUUUUCAAGAUCAACAAAUCUAUUGCCUUCAUGCUCCAUACAGUUCAGCGAAAGUAGUUAAUAAUAUUCCGGGUAGCCUCGCACUUAUUCUUCAAUAAGUUUGUAGCGGUAAAACAACUAAACUCAAUGGUGGCAAACACUGGUUUCUCUUCCUUGACGGUUUUCAGCAUUUCUCAUGGCCUUUUCCACUUUUACUGCACCAUUUUUGCGCUCUAGCCGACAAUGGUGUUCAUCCAUCAAUUUAGUAUUUACCACAUCAUGUGUAAGAUCGGGUUCUGAUCGGUUGUCCUGAGCCAUCACUAAGCCGUCUUUGCAGAAGCAUGCAAUAUUUUAUGUCUGCGUCCAACACCAUUCCCGCAGCAUCAAGGUAGUCGAAAAUUUCAUCUAUAUCAAACAAAUGCUUCUCUAAGUCACCACGCUCGGAAAGAUUAACUAAACACAACUUUUUCAACAACAAAACGUGCACUGAGUGGGUUACUUUUUGGUGAUAAGCCUUUAAUGCCUCAAAAAUAUCAUGAGCAAAAACGCAAAUUUUAACUGACGGCAGCUGGCUAUCUUCAAGCAGUAGCAUUUGCGUUGCUUUUGCCUUCCGGUCAGAUGUCUUCUACACUGUUCGUUCGCUAACUGGGCUGAGGGCCUAGCCCAGUUAACGAAUGUCGCUCGCUAACUGGGCUGACAUUUCAAAUGUCGUCAAAUAUCGAGGGGGAUUUCGAUGUAAUGGCGCUAGGCAAAACUCUUAGCGAAAAUUGGAAAAUGAUUUGAACAAAUACACUAAAAAUCCUGAUCGAUGAACAGAUAAUGAGAAAAAAUAAAUUGUUAGCCUUGCGUGUGCUUUAUUUGCACUAACCGUUGCCUGGAAACAUGUUGUUUUCAUAAAACAUUUAUUUGGCCUGGAAACAAAUAGAUGAAUAUCUAGUGGAUUGCAUGUGUGAUGACAACCAGAAUCCAUUGAACUGAAAAAAUCAAUCUCAAUCUACUAUUCAAGUGCCCCAAUGAUGAGUAGAACAUGGUGUAACGGUUUGAUCAAAAACUAGGCGCGGGGUGAGGAAGUGUUUUUUCACUUUGGAGGGUUGGAGACGAAGCAUCACUAUGCAACAGCGAAGAACUUUUUCGUGUUUGUUGAUAUAUCCUCACUAACUAGGCAAUUGAGUACCGCAAAUUCAGUAGUUUUAAGUUGGAAAUUGUUUCUUAAAUUAAUGAAUAUUGGUAGCAAGGUAUGUAGCAUUGACAUAUUUAUAAUUUAAAUGCAUCCAAAUGAUAUAUUAUGAGAUGCGAUAAUUUUUAUGCCCUAGUUGUUUAUAAACAAACCUACUCGCUGACAUAUUUUUUCCCAAUAUGGCCGAUUCUGAUUUUGACAUAUCGUUACACCAUGUUUUUAUACAUCAUGAUGUCUCCCAGAUGAUCUCGAGGUACGAUGCUGGCCUAACAAGCCAGUCGUCGUAGGUUCGAGUCUCGGCUCGGGAGAGACUGUUAGUGUCAGUUUGAUCGUAGCGCUAGCCCCGCAAUUGUCCUGUACACUAAACAGUCGGCUGCGAAGUCUGUGUAUGAAUAAACAGAAGGUCAAGUUCCGAAUUGGAAUGUGGCACCAAGGCUUUGCUUUGCUUUGAUGUGCCCCUAUCUCGUUUUGACAGCAACAUGCCAACGCUGAUUUUUGACGUUCAUCUGCUUUGUAACAAGGCUAUAGCCCAGUUAGCGAACGCCCAAUUAAAAAGCAGCCCAGUUAAACAGCACCCAGUUAGCGAACAGUUACUGUAUUUAGCGUUACGCUCGUUUUCUUCGGGAGGCUUGUUAACUACCACUUCCCAAUAAAUCUUCUCGCCAUAACAAACUUUCCACGUGGCCCAAUUCGUUCCAUUGAGCUUUGGAAUUGAGAACUUCACGUCAGUCAUUUUUAACGUUUACGAUCUUUCGCGGUAAUCUAUUUUUCACUCUUCGCACACACGCGGCGAAACACCAGCAAUGGCGGCUUUACCUAACUAAUGCUUUCUUUUAACUGUUCCUCCGAUCGAACUUUGGGCCCAUAACCUGAUGGUAGAAUCGGAGCAAACGAACGGAAGCAGUUUCGGAGUGUCAGAGUCACUAGUGAAAUAAAAUUACACACGCGAGGAAUACUGUAAAAUGAAGGUUUUAAUCGGAAGCAAAUAACGAACUGUACGUCAGUCUGUAAAAAAUGACGCCUUUACCGGUUUGCACGCUAAAUAAAGAUAAGCCAACAAUGGCUGUCGAGGGGUAAACCGUUGCACUUUUCUACAGUUAUAACGUCUACUACAGUCGCUUCAGACAGACAACUUCCUCUUCGGUGCUCAGCUGAAAAAACUUCACGCACCUGCUUACUGUUACACAAUCCGUCUCGAGAUUUAAGUACCAUGCUUCAUGCUUCUCCUCAACCUGCGGAAAUAAGUUUUUCGGCCUUUAGUUCAAGUUUACAUCGCUCCCCAACCAAAAAUCUUGAAAUGUGCAAAUGAUGGUUUUCUACUGCACCAUUCUAUUAAUCGAUGAUGAUGGGGAGUCAGCACUAUCAGCGUGAGUUCGGGUAUCGACUAAUCGAUGACUAGAUAGUAUCCGAACUACAAACCAGUGCUUCUUUUGUUCCUCCCUCACUGCAGAUAAUCAAAUCCCUAUGCUCUAUCAUGUCUCAACAUUCCAGCAUCCGCAGAUUAAUCAGCUAUCACACAGAAUUGAUUUUUCGAAAAAAAAACGCUCGUAAUGUUUAUAUGCAUCCGACUUCGUAUUCGCAGACUGCUUUUCAAUCACUCGAAUUAGUUGAUUGUCCUCCAAUGCCAAAGCUAUUAAAGUUUACAUAUCCAUUCAAUUCACUCCCACACUGACGAAACUCACGCACUUUCCGUGACAACUGGGCCUAUAACCUGUUGGAUUUCAAUUCCAGCGUAAUGGAAAGUCAAAAAUAACAUUUCAACUAAAAAAAUGUGAAUUAAUUUCGUUCGCGCAACACAAACACAAAUGUAUCAAACUCAGCUGGAGACUCGUACACACAAGAGACUGGCGGGUGGGUUGAACGAUUGUUGCUUGAUUCGUUUUGACACACUCAUUUAAUUCAACUCUGAACUGAGUUGAAAAUCGCUCUGUUUUCUUAAAAGUUUUCUUGACAAAAAUAACCUUGAAAAAUUACUGUUAUUGGACAUAGUUAUAGCAUAAUUUAACUAUGUUGGUUUUGUAAAUUCAAGAGGAAACCAAGACAGCAAGACAUUAAUGAAAAACAAUCGCCAAAGCUAGCAAACUUCACUUCGAAUCUACGGCUAUCCCUCCCUCAACAUCAUAAUAUUGAGUUAAACUGCCCAGAUAGCUGACAUUGGGCCAUGAAUUCAACAUCUGUCAGUGGGGCGGGGCUCACACAUCGCGGAAUCGCAAGAAUGCUAGUUUCUAAAAAAAAAAAACAAAGUUAAUAAGAUAGAGAUGCCAGCUAUUAUCAUCCAAAAAGGUGCUAUUGUUUGCAAUAUUCAAAAACAAGCACUUUUAUUCUGUUCAAAUCGGAACAAAACAGGUCUAAAAAUAAAGUUGAAAGCUGAACUAUCGUUAAAACGACGCUAUUUUCAAGCCUACUCAGAGAAAAUAGAGAACAAAAUUAUCACAAAAGACUAAAUCGAAUAGAUACAGCUUUGUCGUAAUGUAGAUUUGGGAAAAAUAACAUCGAAUGGUUACUGUCAGUUUUUUUUUUUUCAUAUAUUACCAAAUGAUGUUUUACUAUAGAUACGGCGACGAAAGUAACGUCAGCCUCAUUUUCCGUUACGUUUAUACACUGCUGAUAUGUAUUGAAACAAUUAUUGUAAACGCGCAAUUAUUGCACAUUGCGACUGUAGGAGAUAUGCAAACACACUAGUGAACAAUGAGGACAAUAAGCAGAAUCAAUUUGAACACUACCAAGUGACGAUAAUUAGUAAAGUAAGUAAAUAUUCAAAUAAUAAAUUUACAAACUAAUGAGCUAGAUAUAAUCAAUACUUGAACUAAGUGACAAUAAUGCAAAAGUUAGAACGAUAUUCGUAUUUUUACGACAGUAAGCGAAACAAAGCAUAACGACAAUAAAUAUAAUGUUUCAAAUUUGAAUGUUUUUUGGACUUUCACAACUUAGAUAGACUAAGAAAUAUUCCAAUACAGCACCCAACUUGUAAUUACGUCAAACGUUUUCAAUUACCAAUUCCAGGAAAACAUAGCAUAUAAAGGUUACGUUAUCGUUUUUAUACUCUAGUUUUAUUUUCAACUAAUUGCAGUGAAAGCAGAGCAUUGAACAAAAUUCCAUUCAUAACUUUAAGCAUUCGUAAUUUGUUAGCGAGAGGAUGUAAAUUUAUUGCAUAUUCGAUGUUUAACAUAUGAACGAACACAAACACAAACCUGUAAAUUUAAAAAAGAGAAACUCAAACAUAGGCUGGCGAAAUGCAAUUUAUUCAAGUUAGAAAAAAAGGAAAACUACGCACUCCUGUUUCUUUUGUUAUCGUGAACAAAUAUUUUUUGGAUUUGAAACUAGCUUACAAUCAUCGCUGGAGCAAAACCACGCUCGAUAUUACGGUGACAAUGGAAACACGCACGAAACUAAAUGCCGAGUUCACCAGGAAAUUUGUGUCACUCCGUUAAAAAUGAACAAUUUAUUAACACUUAAAUCGUGUAAAUAUUUCUCAUACAUGCAUGUCUGUAAGCCUAUAAAUAUACAAAAAAAAAACUUGAGGGAAGAAAACGACGAUUGAACUAACAAAAAGACAAUAAAAGUCAAUUAUUGACAAGAAACAUCUAUAUAGUAAAACAGCACGCAGAUCGUUUUCGUUUUUGUAAAUGUCAAAUCAUCAAAAGUCACUGUUCAGGCGUGUUCCUGCGGUAGAUUGUUUAUUGGCGAUUUUUUGAAUACCAAUCAAAAUUAAACCGUAUCAAAAACAAUUUCAAGAGCCGCAAAAAAUACUAGCGAGUAGCUUGGACAAAUCAAAUUAAAUUGAAUUUAACAACAGCAUUGCCAACUGUCUCUCGCAACGCCGAUUGCGAACCAAACAAGACAAUAAUUAGCAUAAAUCAUCCCGUAAGCAGCAUAGUGAUGAAGGAGGAAACCUUUAGAAAUCGAGUUGAAACAUGAAAACCAUAUGGUGAAAAGUACUACAUUACCAAGAGAAAAAUAUAUCGGAACCGUUCUCAUUUGUCAUUUGCUCACCUAAGAUCUAACUCACUACUACUUGCAUUUAAUCUUCUUGUAUUAUUGCUGCACACCCAAAGGUAUCACUAAAAAUCGGCAAAUACAUAGAUUUUCGACGUUCAACUCACACAUUGAUAAAGGAGAGAGAGAAAAAGUUGGGAGGUUACAAUGCUUGCUAGGCGGGAAUCGAUAAAACUAUAAGCAAGAGAUGUACUAGCACUACAAAUGACAAUAAUAAAACAAUACCAUCGAUCGAAAAUUACUUAAA